UCAACUUCUUUAGCAAUGGCAGAUAGUCUGUCUAGCUUUACGGUUAGUUAUGAGUCAACAGUUCCAGUGAAUAUUGAAGCUUCAACACUAGUACAGCUGUACAGCUCAGCAACCAAUGCUGAGCUAAUUACAAAUGCAGUGAAUAUACAGUCUUCAACUGUAGAUGAGGUGCACUUCACUACUCCACUUGAUGGCUAUUUGACCACACCAGUCAACGUUUUAGCUACAACUUUGGUCAAUGUUCAAGCUACCACUGUAGACAGUGUUUAUGCAUUAAGAUUUACUUCAACAUAUUUGAAUUCUGAGACAAGUACAUCUGUGUGUCUUUAUCACACUCCAGUUUGUAUUGAAACUACAACAUACUGCAUUCAGUCGUCUUCGGUUUUCUCCCCAAUAUCUCAAGUAACUCCAACACCAACUUCAGCACCACCACUAAAGUUUGUUCUUCCAUUUGGUGACAAAACUGGUGAUCGAGACCUUCAUCAAACUGAUGAUGGAUGUUCUGAACGGUUCGAUCUUGGGCAUCUCGUAGUACCUGCUUUUGGCCAAGUUAUUUCUAGUUUCUAUGUUUGUGCCAAUGGCGUUGUUUCAACAAUGUCUCCAUUUCAUCUCUAUGUUCCACAGUUGUUUCCUGGGGAUCAAAGGCUGAUAAAUCGACUUUUGUUUGCUCCAUUCUGGGUGGAUGUGGAUAUUCGAAGAGAAGGAAGAAUCUGGUAUGGCAGUCAUCUAAAAGAACGUACUAGUGUCACAAGGCUAACUGAUGAAUUGAUUCAUGAGCUGAGUCCAGAGCACUCUGACUUUACGUCAGAAGCUGUUUUUGUUGUAACAUGGGAGAGUGUACCAAACUAUCCAGAUGGCAGUAUCUUCUUUAAUGAUGAAAAGUCUGAUUUACGAAAUACAUUCCAAGCUGCAAUCAUAACAAACUUUACCAACACUUUUAUGACCUACAGUUAUAUUGACAUACAGUUUUCUGGUCGACGGAAUGCUGUUGUGGGAUAUACAGCAGGAGAUGGAAAAAGCUUUUUUAAUCAACCUGGUUCACAAACAGAUGAUAUUGGUAAGAUUGAUGAGGUAAAGACUGGAAAUUACACAGGACUGCUGUUCUUUCACCUCACUUCCAUAAUGGCAGAAAAUUCUGAAGCUGACUUUCUGUGUCGUAAUUGGUAUUAUGAGGACAAAAAAAGGUUUGGAGAUAUAGAAAGGUUACAAUUCUCUUUUACCCCUUGCCCAUGGACGUCUUUACAUGCAGCACGUGACAGGCGAUAUAAAGAAGUACGAAGUGAUAAGGGAGAGUGCUAUAUUGGCCUAUUUCCACGUCAAGUAUUUCUUGGAGGUGAGGUGCUUAGAGUAGAGACUGAAUGCUGCUACCAAUCUAGAUCAUUGAAUCUUGGAUCCCCGUUUGGAGGUAGCAUUAGUCCAUACCAUCGAUUAAGUUCGGCAGACGAAUAUAUAAAAUUAACUGCUCUGCCAUAUGACUGGUGCUGUCGUCAAUCUAGCAACUGCCAUCUUUAUUUUGAGAGAAGACCCAGUAGAUCAUCUUGGUUUUAUUGGCCACCUGGAUGGGGAUGGUUCUUUGGUGAUCCUCACAUACGGACACUGGAUGGGAAAUCAUACACGUUUAAUGGACACGGAGAGUACAUCCUUUUAAAAACUAGAGAUGAAUCAUUUGUUUUGGAGGGUCGAGCUGAACCCGUUGGACAAAGCAACUCCAAUGCUACUGUAUUCACAGCUGUUGCAAUGGCUCAGUAUUCUGCCAGUAAUGAUUUUACAGCAAAUGAUCCUAAUUCAACUGCGCUUCAUGUGCAGCUAACAGCAAACAAUACAAUGCAAGUAUUUGCAAGAAACCCGGAAGAAACAUCAUUUGUAGACAUUACUAGCAAUGUCACUGCACUGAGCAAUACAUCUAUCUUAUUUUUAAACAACCUCAUGAUAUCGCAACCAGACAACUUAACAUUAGAAGCUUUGUUCAGCUCUGAUAUUUUAGUGAGAGUGGAGGCAAAGAAGGAACUGUUAGCUGUUGUGUUUGCCGGUCCAGUUAGCUUUAUGACUGGGACAAGAGGACUCUUGGGUGUGUGGGAUGAGAAUCCAGACAAUGAUUUUACAAAUAGAACUGGAACUGUAUUAUCUCCUGAUGCUUCAGACAGGACAAUUCACUUUCAAUUUGGACUUUCCUGGGAAAUAAUGUCAAAUGAGAGUCUUUUCUAUUACCCUGAUGGUUCAGGACCUGCUGACUUCAGCUUCCCAGAUUAUGUUCCUCUCUUUAUCGAUGAAGCUGAGUUUACAAAUUUGGCAACAGCAGCAGAUGAAAAUCUGAUCACUGCUUGUGGUGGAGACCAGAGGUGUCUUUUUGACAGCAUUCAGACUGGAGAUGUAGAAGUUGGAUCUCAGUCGCUUUUAACAGACCAGACAAAUAGUGUUGAUGUCAUGGUCUUAGAUAACAGUCCUCCGGUUGUGACUGGCAAUGAAACUUUGUUUGCCUUCGUCAAUGACACUACUAUCUAUCUGUUUACUGUGACUGAUAUGAAUGAUACUUUUAAUGUAAUACUUCAAGGAAGUCUACCACCAGAAGAAGAGUACACACUCACAAAGACAGGCAAUUCGUAUAACUUCACUUGGACUCCCACGUCUGCGCAGUCCGUAGGCAUUCAGUUUCUUGCCACGGACUCUGCGGGAGCACCAACAUUGUUACAUCCACUUGUAAGACUGUGUGCUUGUGAUCGAAAACUUAAUGCAACUUGUACAGAUGGAAACGAAGACCCUGGGGAAAACAAAUUUGUUUUACAGAGUUGUAGCUGUGGUUCAGGCUAUGGGGGCAGGUUCUGUGACAUGGAUGUUAAUGGCUGUAAUGAUAUUGACUGUUUUCCUGGUGUGGAAUGUACGGACAACCCAGCACCUCUAACUGGAGCCACAUGUGGGGAUUGUCCCAACGGCACUAUCGCAACGAUUAACUCAAGUAACUCUUGUCAAGAUGUGAAUGAAUGUCAGGACAAUUCAACUAAUGACUGUGAGCAAAGAUGUAAUAAUAAUAUUGGCAGCUUCAGUUGCAGCUGUUUCACUGGUUACAGCUUGAAUGGAGAUGGCAAAUCAUGUGAUGACAUCGAUGAGUGCAGUGAUUUAAAUUUGUCACCGUGCCAUCAGAUCUGUAAUAACACACUUGGCUCUUUUGCGUGUGAUUGUGAAUACGGAUUUACAAUUGAAGCUGAUGGUGUAACCUGUGAAGUGGCUGAGAGUAGUAAAUGUCAAGACCCAGUGCGGUGCGAGCAGCUUUGUGCUCUUAAUCGUGCUGAUGACGACACAUGUUUCUGCAAAAAAGGAUUCAAACUUGAUGGCAAUAUGAUGAAUUGUAGUGACGUCGAUGAAUGUGCAAGUAAAAACAGUAACAACUGUGAGCAGCAAUGCAACAAUACGGAGGGUUCAUUUGAAUGUAGCUGCGGUUCUGGUUAUAGAAUCAAUGGCCACUCAUGUGAUGAUGAUAAUGAGUGCAUUAUAAUGUCAAAGCCAUGUGCAGUCACGGAAAUUUGCUACAACACACCUGGUUCAUUUAAUUGCCAAUGUCCACCUGCCACAGUUUCCAUAAACGGGACAUGCCAAGGUGGUAAGACACUACCUCCAACGACAAACAGACCAACUACAAUCACACCAACAUCCACUUCCACAAUAUCAACUACAGUGCUUGACACAACUGCUGGACAAGUCCGAACAACAUUUUCCAACAUUACAGUUGCACUGUUCCAGUCAAAAAUUUCCAGCUUUAGGCAAGCAGUAGCUGAAAGUGUGUCUAAUCAUUGCAUUGGAAAUGAAAAUUGUCAACAAUCAACAAGAAGAAGGCGUGCCAGCUUUGACUUGACUGCUGAUGAUGUCAUUAUCAUAUCAACUAGUCAAUCUGGAUCUGAUGUUGUAGUCACAUUCUAUGUUGUCAGUCCCAGCGGUGGAUCCAUCUUGCCUGCAACUGCUGUAGCACUGGCUAUUCAGACUGACAAUGCAAAAGCCAGGUUUCAAGCCAUUGGUUUAGUGUUAACUGAAGUUGUUGUAGUGAAACCAACUACUACCCCAUCCACUGAGCCUCCCACUGUAGAUACUGGUCUGACAACAGCACAGAAAGUGGGAAUUAUAGCUGGUGUUAUUGGAGGUGUCAUUGUCAUCAUCAUGAUUGGCUGCGUUGUGUAUUUCAUAAAAACGUCAAAAAAGUUAACAAAGGUAACACCAGUAGCAAGUGAUGGUGAUGAGGGGUUGCUUCUUCGUCCAAUGAAACACCCAUCAGGUAGAACCUCUGGAAGUGCUUCACCAGAAACAGCUUGAUGAAAGUAUGAUUACAUUAUUCAUAUUUCAAGCUAAUAUACUGUACUAGCUCUGUUGCUAUUUCCUAAAAUAACAGCAUUAAGUGUAAUAGAUUUCACAGAAAUGCAUAGAAUAUAUCAAUGUUAGUGAGAAAGUGAUAAGACACAUAUUAUAAAUCAAUCUUUCCACUAGAAUGUGAUUUUUGAA